AUGUGUAGCAUGGCUGCUACUUUUGGCGCCGUCCUUGUGGUAGCGACGGUUCUCACACUGGCGGCCGCCAACGGCAAGGCCGCGGUGAAGCCAGUUGCCGUGAAGGGCGUCCACCCGGUGGCCAAACCUGCGGCAGCCAGGCCAACGGUGGUGGUGGUGAAAAGGCAACCAGGCGCAUACGUGCAGCCCCAGUACGACUACUGGAGGCCCUGGUACACCUACGACACUCCUAAUCAUCACCACGGCAGGAAAGACAGCUACAGGCCUGUGCCCCACAAGCAGCCUCAACCGCAUAAGCACACGGAGUGGGGCCGUGGCGACGACAAGGCCAAGGGCGGCUACGUAAAAGAGGCGAAGCCCAUCGCCUAUGACACGAUCAUCCACGAAGAGAAGAAGGUCGUCGUCAAGGAGGAGCCCAAGCUCGUCGUCAAGGAGGUACCCAAAGUAGUAGUCAAGGAACAACCGAAGGUAGUCGUCGAGGAGGUGGUCGUCAAGGAGGUACCCAAGGUAGUAGUUAAGGAGGAACCGAAGCUAGUCCUAGAGGAGGUGAUCGUCAAGGAAGUGCCCAAGAAGAAGCAGAAGAAGCAUAAGAAGAUUAUCAUUAGCGAGACGGAAGACCACCAUGAUCAUGACUGCCUUUCCGACUGGUUCAAGAAACUCAACAAAGACUUAAAGAAGAAGAACAAGAAGUCGAAGAAGUCGAAGAAGUCCCAUGGGAAUACCAUCUAUUUACUCCGCCCCCAGACGCCGUACUACUAUUAUACCCAGGCUCCUAGCUACCAUGUACCUAGGUACAACGGCUACAAUGGCUACAACGGCUACAACGGCUACAAUGGGUACAAUAGAUACUAGGCCGAAAGCACCUACCCUUCAAGAGCGUGAAAUAAAUCAGCGAACAAAUCGAAUUAUUCUAAAAUGAAGCCGCCAGUUGGAAUAAACAAACAUAAAAGCACUGUAAUUAUUAUUUUUGGCGGUGGAAAUACAACGUAGAAACCAUAACUUGUCUAGCAGUACAUUCUUUUUCCCCUUUUAGUUCACAUUUAACAUCACCUUUACUUGUUUUUUUUUCCCGCAAACCAUGCAAUACGCUCACCACGAAGAUUAAGAAGCUUCACCUCCAGCUCAACUGCGAGUGUCCUGUCCAUUGAAUCAGAAAAACAAGAAACAAGAAAAUGCUGCAAGUGUGUUUGUUUACGCUUUUCGAAAUAAAUUGUAUUUAAA